CUGCGUGCACGCGCUCGCCGUGAAUCAACUGACAUCUACAGAGACCGAGCGACGGUUAAGGGGCAAGUCACCGUUGGACUGUGAAACGUAAAGAAAAUUUUUGAAAAAUGGAGUGGAGCGCAAUGGAAAUCAACCCCGAGAUGCUCAACAAGAUGAUGAGCAAGUUAGGCGUGGGCGGAAGCUGGCGUUUUGUGGACGUGCUAGGGCUGGAGGGUGAGCCUCUAUCCUCCGUACCGACCCCAUGCUGUGCCCUGAUGCUGCUCUUCCCUCUAACACAACAGCAUGAGUCUUUCAGACAGCAGCAGGCAGACAAGGUCUCAGGGGACUCAGAGGUUUACUUCCUGAAACAGACAGUGGUCAAUUCCUGUGGUACCGUUGCCAUGCUGCAUGCAGUAGCCAACAAUAAAGGCAAAAUGGAGUUUGGUACUGAUUCUGCCCUGAAGAAGUUUCUAGAUGAGACUGCUGGCUUGUCCCCUGAUGACCGUGCCAAACGCCUGGAGAACAACCAGGCAAUCCGUGAAGCUCAUGAUGAUGUGGCUGCACAGGGCCAGUGCAGGCCGGAAGCAGAUAAAGUCAACUUCCACUUUAUUGCCUUUGUGAAUGUAAAUGGACAGCUUUAUGAAAUGGAUGGGAGAAUGGGUGGACCAGUGAAGCAUGGAGCUACUAAAGAUGAGUCCUUCAUAACGGAUGCAGCAAGUGUCUGUCGUGGAUUUAUGGAGAGAGAGCAAGGCGAAGUCCGUUUCUCUGCAGUGGCACUUUGUCGCAGUUAAACAUCUCAGUAGAAUACAGAGUCAGAUUACAAACCAAAAUAUCUUGGAGCACUCACAUGACAAACACAAGCGACAGACACACCAGAAUGACCUGGACACAUACAUCUGCAGACACUAUGCACUAUAAAGCACAUUUUGUUCCACAUGUUGUACACUCGCAUCUCACCAACAAAGCAUUCUUGAACAUAUGCACAUGUGCACACACACCCAUACACACACGGAAAAAUGUUGGCUCCACGCCGAUACAAGCUUGCCUUUUAUGUGAUGUCACUUAGCAAUGAAAGCUUUCCUCUUUUCUUACUACUGUGUUCUCUGAACUUAAGUGAGGUCAGAUCUCAACACUGCUUGUGUGCAUGUGUUUGUUUGUUUGUCUUUGUGUGUAUGUUAUCUGUGGUGAACUCUCAGUCAGGAAAGACUGAUGCGUAAGUGCCUUCAGUGGCAACAGACAAGGAAAGAGAAGGAAGGAUGGGAAAGCAAACAAAAAGGCACAAAAAAUGUACGGGGGGAAAAAAUGUCCUGUUUCUUUAAAUGCCAGUAGUUUCUGCGGUGGAGAGUUCCUGAGAAGUUGACAUUCUUCAGAACAGCCCAAAUGGAUCCGUAGGAAUAAUUUAACCAUUGUUCUGUCCAAAUAUGCACACAACCUUUUGAAUAGUGCUCUUGGAUUUCGUGCUGAUUUUUCUCUGAAAAAGAGGUUGUCUUUGAAAGGUUUGACAUUAGGUGUUAGUUGUCAUUUGAGAGUACAGAUAGAUCUUGAUAGUGGCGGUGUCACAAUCCUUGUUCUUGUUUAGUUCACUUGUUUUUGUAAAUUAAUUUAUACAGUAGUUUAUUUGUUCACAACUUAUUUGGAAAAGGGUUAUCAGUAAACAAUCUACAAAUGCCUGAAAUGUAUAAACUGCCGAACAAGAUGAGGUGCAUCCAGAUAAAGUUGUACUGUUUGUUGGGAUGUUAGGAUGUGCAGUGUGAGAUGAUAGCAUAUAGACUGUGUUCCAAUUGUUUACCUUUCUGCAGCUUCCCAAUACUUUGUUGCUGUAGUUGUAUUGGUAAUGCAGCUGUCUGAAUUCAAUAAAGCAACCCUCAAACUUG